UUAAUGUGGGCAGCCUAUGGAGGACAUGUGGAAGUGUGUCAACUUCUCCUGGAGAACAGAUGUAACAAAGAUAUCACAGAUGAUGGUGGAUUGACAGCAUUAAUGUGGGCAGCCGGUAAAGGACGUGUGGAAGUGAGUCAACUUCUCCUGGAGAACAGAUGUAAAACAGAUAUCACAUCAAGUGAUGGAUACACAGCUUUACAUCUGGCUGCUAAGUGGGGACAUCUACAGACCACAAGAUGUCUUGUAGAACAAGGAGGUCUCAGUCCCUUGGUCAAAACACAUGAGGGUAAGACUCCAUACGAUCUAGCAGCAGCAGGAAAAAAGGGGCAUUAUAAAGAAGUGAUGGAAUACUUACAGACUGUCAUGUCAGAGAAAUCUUCAGGCGUGAAUGCUGGAAUAGGAAUAGAAGAUGAAGUUCCAACUGAAAUAAAACUAAUGACUGACAAAAGAUCUGUUAAAUUGUACCUUAAAUUACUUGAGUCAGGAUCUGAGAAAAAGAGGGACAUACGUUUGGUAGUAGUUGGAAAGAAAGGGGCAGGAAAGACUUCAUUGAUUAAAAGAUUGUUUGGUGAAGACAUUACAGAUGUUACCAGUACAAAUGGAAUAGAAAUUCACAAAAUUAAAUGCAAAGCAAAAUCUGAUGAUGGAAUAUGGAAUAAAUUAGAUGGAAACCAUGAAGAAACUGAACCUCAAGCAAGACUUUUGAAAGAAUACGAGGGAAAACUUCAGGACAAAUGAACAGUUGAAAAACCAAUACAAUCCCUCAUUGCAAUUAAUGACAACACACCGUCAACGAGUUUUGAUGUAACAAAGAAAUCAAGGACAGUAUAUCAGCA